AUGCCAAACCUCCGCCAUGCCUCCCGCUGGCUCUUCAGCGAAUUCGGCCUCAAAACCCUCGCCAGCUCCGGCCGCGACACCUACAUAAUCCUCCUGCUGCGUUUCCUCCGCAUGUUCGCCUACGGCAGUGCCGCGCUGAUCCUCGCCCUCUACUUCGCAGCCCUAGGCCACUCCGACGAGAAGAUCGGCCUCUUCAUGACGCUCACGCUGCUGGGCGACGUCGUGAUUAGUCUCUUCCUCACGCUCGUGGCGGACAAGCUUGGGCGGCGGACCACGCUGCUGUUUGGGUCGUGCCUCAUGGCUGGGGCGGGCGCGGUCUUUGCGCUGAGCGGGAACUACUGCGUCCUCCUGGUUGCGGCUAUCCUGGGCGUGAUCAGCCCGAGUGGGAAUGAGAUUGGGCCGUUUAGGGCUAUCGAAGAAUCGACGCUGGCGCAUCUGGUGGAGCCGGAAGGGAGACCGGACGUCUUUGCCUGGUAUGUCGUGCUGGCUACACUGGGCUCGUCGGGCGGUCUGGUCGUCUGUGGAUGGGUCGUUCAUCGGCUUCAUGCUCGCGACUAUUGGACAGAGGUGGAUGCGUACCGGGCGGUUUUCUGGGUGUACGCCAUCCUUGGCGCCGUCAACGCGUGCUUGUCACUAUUCUUGAGUCGCAAGUGCGAGGUUGCAGCGCAGCGGAUCACGUCGGCAGAUGCUACUCCUGCGCAGAACGACGAGAAUCGGCCGCUUCUGCAAGACGGAAAUGGAUCUACAGCGGACGAUGGCGCAGCGAACGGUAAAGUGAAAGAACGCAAAGGCUUCCUGUCCCACAUCUCGCCCGAAACCCGCUCCAUCCUCCUCCGCCUCUGCGCGCUCUUUUUCAUGGACUCGCUCGCCAGCGGCAUGGUGCCCUACUCGCUAAUCAACUACUACAUGGACCGCAAAUUCCACAUGCCAAAAAACAAGCUCGGGGCUAUCAUGUCCGCCGCCAUGUUCGUUUCCAGCAUCUCCAACAUUUUCGCCGCGUCGAUCUCCAAACGCAUCGGCCUGAUCAAGACGAUGGUUUUUACGCAUUUGCCGUCUGCUAUCUUCCUCGCGCUGAUCCCAGCUCCGAAGUCUCUGGCGUUGACCAUUUGCCUCCUCGUGGGGCGCGCGAGCUUGAACUCUAUGGACCAGGCACCGAGGUCAGCGUUCUUGUCUGCUGUUGUUUUGCCUACGGAGCGGACGGCUGUCAUGGGUAUUGUCAAUGUCGUAAAGACGCUGAGCCAAAGUGGCGGACCCCUCAUCACCGGCAUUCUCGCUGGCUGGAGUAGAUUCUGGGUUGCCUUUGUUGCUGCCGGUGCGUUGAAGGCGUCAUAUGACAUUGGUCUCCUUACAUUCUUUGUUAAUACGAAGUUACGGCAUCAGGGCCGUAGCGACGACGAUCCAGAUGUCGGUGGCGAACCUGAUGAUGGAUGUGAGAGGUCGGCAAGAGGCGACGAUGAAGCGGGCGUUGCAUCAUCUCAGAACGCACGACUUGCCUGA